AUGUUCCCGUUGCAAGGCGCCCAGAUGCUGCAGAUGCUGGAGAAGUCCCUGAGCAGGAGCCUCCCCGAGUCCUUGAAGGUCUACGGGACCAUCUUCCACAUGAACCAGGGAAACCCCUUCAACCUCCAGGCCCUGGUGGACACGUGGCCUGACUUCAGCACCGUGGUCGUCCGCCCCCAGCAGCAGGAGAUGACGGACGACCUGGAUCACUACACCAACACCUACCAAGUCUUCUCCAAGGACGUCAGGAAGUGCCAGGAAGUCCUGGCCUCCCCGGAAGUCAUCAACUGGAAGCAACACCUGCAGAUCCAAAGUACACAGUCCAGCCUGAACCAGGUGAUCCAAAGUCUUGCAGCUGCUAAAUCCCUGCAAGUCCAGCACUCCCAGAACAUCCUCUUUAUGUGGGCAGAGACUGUAAGGAAGCUGCAAUGGGGUCUCGUCAGUGUGGAGAUCCUCCUCCUCCUGAGAGCUGCCUUGUAG